AUGGAGCAGCUAUCAGAUGAAGAACUUGAUCAUGUCGCAGAGGAAGACAGUGAUAAAGAAGAUCAAGAUCUGGACAAGAUGUUUGGGGCUUGGCUUGGAGAGCUGGAUAAACUGACGCAGAGUCUGGAUACUGACAAACCCAUGGAGCCAGUGAAAAGAUCCCCUCUUCGCCAGGAGACAAAUAUUGCCAAUUUCUCCUACCGCUUUUCAAUGUAUAACUUGAAUGAAGCCCUGAAUCAGGGAGAGACUGUGGAUCUGGAUGCCCUCAUGGCUGACCUUUGUUCCAUAGAGCAGGAGCUCAGCAGCAUCGGGUCACAGUCUGCAAACAGUACAUCAAUGAAACGCUUUGCCACGGAAGGAAAAAUGGUCCAGAGACCACCUGGUGGCGGCCGGCUUGCUGCCAAACACAGCAGUAUGAAGGGACUGUCCUCUUCGUCCUCUGGUCGGGCAACUAAGCCUUCACACGCUAUCUUUUCUCUGGACGACAUUACCGCACAAUUAGAAAAAGCCUCUCUGAGUAUGGACGAAGCAGCUCAGCAACCUUUGAUGGAAGAUAACAAGCCCAUAGUUACUACUCAGCACAGAAGGACAGCGUCGGCAGGCACCGUGAGUGACGCGGAAGUCCGUUCCAUCAGUAAUUCCUCCCGUUCCAGCAACACGUCUGCAGCCUCAAGUAUGGAUUCCCUGGACAUUGAUAAGGUGACAAGACCUCAGGAACUGGAUUUGACGCAACAAGCACAGCCGAUUAGCGAGCGUGUUGUUUCUGUGGAACCUCCCAGCAAGCAAGUCAGGCGUCACAUUGACUUUUCUGAAGAAGAGGCCGAAUUGGCUCCUCACUCCUAUUUGGACAGGGAAACCUCCCUCCUUCUGAGAAACAUUGCAGGAAAGCCUUCUCAUUUGCUGACCAAGGAGGAACAAGCUGCUAAACUAAAGGCUGAAAAGAUCAGGGUAGCUUUAGAGAAGAUUAAAGAAGCACAAGUUAAAAAGCUGGUGAUACGUGUCCACAUGUCCGACGACAGCUCCAAGACGAUGAUGGUCGAUGAGAGGCAGACAGUGAGACAAGUGCUGGACAACUUGAUGGACAAAUCUCACUGUGGCUUUAGCUUAGACUGGUCCUUGGUAGAAACCAUCUCGGAAUUACAAAUGGAGAGAAUCUUCGAAGAUCACGAAAAUUUAGUCGAAAAUCUCCUCAACUGGACAAGAGACAGUCAAAACAAGCUUAUGUUUGUAGAACGUAUAGAAAAAUAUGCACUUUUCAAAAAUCCCCAGAAUUAUCUUCUGGGGAAAAGAGAGACCUCUGAAAUGGCAGACAGGAACAAGGAAGUACUACUGGAGGAGUGUUUUUGUGGAAGCUCAGUAACAGUUCCAGAAAUUGAGGGAGUGCUGUGGUUGAAAGAUGAUGGCAAAAAGUCCUGGAAGAAGCGGUACUUUCUCCUGCGAGCUUCCGGAAUCUACUAUGUUCCAAAAGGGAAGGCAAAGGUCUCACGGGAUCUUGUGUGCUUUCUUCAGCUUGACCAUGUGAAUGUUUACUAUGGGCAAGACUAUCGGAACAAGUAUAAAGCCCCGACAGACUAUUGUCUAGUACUGAAGCAUCCCCAGAUCCAGAAGAAAUCCCAAUAUAUUAAGUAUCUGUGCUGUGACGAUGUCAGAACGUUGCAUCAAUGGGUAAAUGGAAUCCGUAUAGCUAAGUAUGGGAAACAAUUAUAUGUGAACUAUCAAGAAGCGCUGAAAAGGACAGAGUCAGCAUAUGAUUGGACAUCUCUGUCCAGCUCUAGUAUUAAGUCAGGAUCUAGCUCAUCUAGUUUACCAGAAUCUCAGUCCAAUCAUUCUAAUCAGUCUGAUAGUGGGGUUUCAGACACCCAAAUGGGACAUAUCCGUUCACAAAGUAUUGUCAGCUCCAUCUUCUCAGAGGCCUGGAAACGGGGCACCCAGCUGGAAGAGUCCAGCAAGAUUAGCGCCAGAAUGGACUCGAUAAAUCGACCGUUUCCUUCACUGGCCACUCCCUUGUCACCCCAAACCAAAACGGCUGCCCCAUAUACAGCAGCAUCACAGCCGUCUCCCCCUCUCCCCCCACCCCCGCCGCCACCUCCCCCGCCUCCUCCCCCACCGCCGCCACCACCUCCCCCUCUCCCCAGCCAAUCUGUGCCAUCGGGAGGGGGCUCGGCGACCGUCUUUGUGAAGUACAGCACCAUCACCAGACUGCAGAAUGCCUCUCAGCAUGGGGGGCUGCUCUUCAAGCCACCCCUCAUGACACAGCAGCCACCACUGCUGCCACCCCCAGGAAAGCCUCUGACCCUGCUGCCCCCGAACGGUGUGGUCCCUCCCCCACCUCCCCCACCGCCUCCCCCCACCCCAGGCUCCGCCAUGGCACAGCUCAUGAAGCCGGUGCCCUCCAACCUGUCGGUGCCGCAGUUCACCCCGCCGCCCCCUCCGCCACCCCCUCUCAAAAUCCACCAGGUUCAUCAGAACGUUCCUCAGCUCCCACUUGUUGUGGCAGUGGCAGCUUCACCGCCCCCACCGCCCCCGAUGCCUGCGCCCCCACCUCCACAAGCCCCGCCCAAGCCGGUCAUGACUUUGCCUACACAGAACAGCACAAAAGCCGCCUCGCCUGUAGUGACGCACCCCACACACCCCACCCCCGCUCCUGUUCCUUCGGCCAUGAAGAAGCAGCCGAGCUUCACCACUCCGCACAUUCCCUUAUCUCCAGUCCCACUCGGCCCCACCCCCCCACCCACAUUACCCAAACAACAGAGCUACUCCAGUAAGCUUCCUCCUUCCCCCCAGUCUCCCCUGCCGUCGGUUGUGAAGCAGAUAGCCAGUCAGUUUCCUCUUCCUCCUCCCCCUCCUCCCUUGCCAGUCUCGGAGCCCCAGCCUUUAAAGCCCGCUCCUCUGAGCGUUCCCCCCCACUCCCCUCCGGCGGUGAAAGCCAAGCCAAAAUGGCAGCCCACCUCAGCCCCUUCCCCUGACUUCCCUCCCCCUCCCCCCGAGAGUAGCCUCCCAUUCCCUCCUCCGCCAUCCCCAGCUCCGUCAGCGGUAUCUCCCACCCCGGAGAAGCCAGGUGGUUCUCCGGGCAAAAAGGCUAAUAAGACCUCCAGUCCUGGAGGAAAGAAACCACCCCCUACCCCUCAGCGCAACUCCAGCAUCAAGUCUAACAGCUCGGCAGAAUACCAUGAAUCUAAGAGACCUUCGGUGGACGCCUUGGUCAGCAAAUUUGCACACCCGCCAGAACCUUCAGGGUCUCCUUCCAAGGAGACUGCAGCUCCCCCUGCCGCUCCUCCAAAGCCAGGAAAGCUCCAUCUGCCUAUUGUUCUACAGCAAGCUGGAACCUCAGCAAAAACCCCAGCCGUAGGAGCCCCUGGGAAGGUUGCCGUGGAAGAGUUUCCUUCUCCUCCAUCAGAUUCAGACUUCCCUCCUCCACCACCUGAAAUAGAGCUUCCUCUGCCACCAGUAGAGAUUCCAGCUGUAUUUUCAGGUAAUACCUCUCCAAAAGUCGCUGUGGUCAAUCCUCAGCCGUGGUCCAAAUCGUCGGGGAAGAAAGCUCCUCCUCCAACCCGCCCCAAACGCAAUGACAGCACUCGACUCACACAGGCCGAAAUCGCAGAAUCGCAGGUGACCCCCAGUCCCCAAGUGCCCACUUCCCCCAAGUCUGGCCUUAGCGUCCAGCCCGGCUUCCUGGCUGACCUGAACAGGACUCUGCAGCGCAAGUCCAUCACGCGGCACGGUUCCCUCUCCUCUGCCCGGAUUUCCAGGGCAGAGCCGACCACUACGAUGGAUGACAUGGCUUUGCCCCCGCCUCCUCCAGAACUCCUUACAGACAAGCAGAAGACCAGCAACUUUGGAGGCGCUCACAUAUCAGGCUAUGCAACGUUGCGGAGGGGCCCACCUCCAGCGCCUCCAAAACGAGAUCAAAACACCAAGCUGUCUCGAGACUGGUGA